CGUGUGGUGCGCUACAUUGAGAACUGCGUUGAGAACUAACCCCAGCCACAGACUGGAUAUUUUCAAAGAAUCCACAUUGUUUUUUGGCAAGUCAAGUUGAGCUGAGCUCCUAAACAUAGUCGACGCUAAAUUGAUCACUAAUCAGUACUUUAAAUAAGGAUUUUCUUUUACUCUGACCGGACUACGACCUGAUGAUAACGACAUACGUCUCUUCUGAAGCAAUUUGCAGCAAGAAAUCAUCUAGACUUAUAACCGAGGAAGCAUCCACGUCUUGCUCGAAUGGGAAUACUGGAGGAUUGUGAACUGGACAAGUACAAUUAAGACUGGUUCGUGCACCAUCAUCGCUGUUCCAUUUUCCGAGGUUGGCCGAUAUUCUCGCCCUGAUAGCCUACAGUUUCACUCUCAGUCUGGAUUCUUUACCGCUUCAGUGGAUACGGGUUUUGACUGGGCUAAUUGCGGAUGGGAGAUGGGAGCCAUUCUAAUUUGAAAAUAUUCAAAUUAGGAAUUAUUUCAAUUUGAAUUAUGUGGAUUUGGCACAAACCGUUCAUAUAGAGUUAUUUCUUUCGAAUGAUCAUGCGUGCGUCAGGAAUGAUCGUGAUGAGCCUGAUUUUUAUUAAACUAGAACAUUUUUAAUCUUUCGUUAACACUCAUAAGUUAUGGACCUGUUAAUCUUUUGAGAUUCUUUUUUCUUUCAUUGACACAAAAUGGUCGGCUCACAAUAUUGGUCUGUAAUACACUGCGGUCUUAACUUCGCCUACAUGCAAAUGCUCACAGUCAUUUUUGUCGUUCAUAAUGCAUUCACGUUUUUUUAAUUAAUUAAUUUUUUUUGGGGUGAUGCAGGAAAGAGUUCAUAUGAAAAUACUGCAAUGAAGUGAACGAAACUCGCCUGCAGUUCCGGCAAUUCCGAUGAAUUGCAUAGCAGCUCCACAUUUUUUCGUUUGUUUUUAAAGGAUAUUUGUCGGGCGUCAUUUUGAUGAAAUGAACGUAACCUACUGGGACGUCCGUCGCGUCGUUCCUAGCAGUACAUGGUGAUGCAAAUGACCGAAAGAAAGAAACCAUCAACAGGUAUUCUGCAUUCAAAAGAGAUGGAUUUCUUACAAAUCAUUUUGUGUUUUCUCUUGUGCUGGACUGGUGCCAAUGCUGUUUUCAAUUUGAAAUAUUCCGUUGAAGAAGAACUGCGGGCAGGGACAAAGAUCGCCAACGUAACGGCGGACGCGAAAGUUGCAGGCUUUGCACUGGGUAACCGACAGCCUUAUUUGCGAGUCAUCUCCAAUUCUGAACCGCGAUGGGUUAAUCUAAGCCCCGCCGGACUACUUAUCACCAAGCAGAAAAUUGAUCGGGAUGCUGUUUGCCGACAGACACCGAAGUGUAUUAUCUCUUUGGAAGUGAUGUCCAACUCGAUGGAAAUCUGUGUGAUUAAAAUUGAGAUUAUUGAUGUAAACGACAACGCACCCCGUUUCCCCACCAACCACAUUGACAUAGAGAUAUCGGAAAACGCCGCUCCAGGUACCAGAUUUCCCCUAGAGGGGGCAAGCGAUCCGGACUCGGGAAGCAACGGCAUUCAAACCUACACAAUUACACCCAAUGAUAUUUUCGGGUUGGAAAUUAAGACAAGGGGAGACGGAUCUAAAAUUGCAGAGCUUGUGGUGGAAAAGACGCUGGACAGGGAGACUCAGUCUCACUAUACGUUGGAAAUCACCGCAGAGGAUGGCGGAGACCCCCCUAAGACUGGAACUGUGCAACUAAAUAUCAAAGUAACUGACUCAAAUGAUAACAAUCCAGUUUUUGAUGAGCCCGUAUACACUGUUAACGUGAUGGAAAAUUCCCCUAUAAAUACACUGGUCAUAGACCUGAAUGCAACUGAUCCGGAUGAAGGGACAAAUGGUGAGGUUGUAUACUCAUUCAUUAAUUUUGUGUCAAAUCUGACUAAGCAGAUGUUCAAGAUUGAUCCCAUAACCGGUGUUAUAACCGUGAAUGGCAUUCUGGACCACGAAGAAUUACGCGUGCACGAAAUAGAUGUUCAAGCCAAAGAUCUGGGUCCAAAUUCCAUCCCAGCUCACUGCAAAGUAAUUGUCAAUGUAAUAGAUGUCAACGAUAAUGCACCAGAAAUUAAACUUCUGUCAGAAAACAGUGAGAUGGUAGAGGUGAGUGAGAACGCUCCUCUUGGAUAUGUCAUCGCGUUGGUGAGAGUGUCAGACAACGAUUCGGGUGCAAAUGGAAAAGUGCAGUGCAGACUGCAGGGCAAUGUGCCUUUCAGGCUUAACGAGUUCGAGAGCUUCUCCACCUUACUUGUUGAUGGCCGGCUAGACAGGGAGCAGAGAGACAUGUACAAUCUGACCAUUCUGGCCGAGGACAGUGGUUAUCCCCCUUUAAGAAGCUUAAAGUCCUUUGCUGUUAAAGUAACGGACGAGAACGACAACCCUCCCUACUUCACCAAACCACAUUACCAAGCAAUGGUACUCGAAAACAACGUCCCGGGUGCAUUCCUGCUUGCGGUAUCCGCCAGAGACCCGGACCUGGGAAUGAACGGUACAGUGUCUUAUGAAAUCAUAAAAUCAGAAGUCAGGGGAAUGUCUGUGGAAUCAUAUGUCACCGUAAACUCAAACGGCGAGAUUUACGGGGUAAGAGCUUUUAAUCACGAAGAUACACGGACAUUUGAAUUUAAAGUCUCGGCCAAAGAUGGGGGUGAUCCUUCUUUAACCAGCAAUGCCACAGUGCGAAUUGUAGUCCUGGAUGUAAAUGACAAUACACCCGUGAUGACAACUCCACCACUGGUUAACGGGACCGCGGAAGUAUCCAUUCCCAAAAAUGCUGGAGUUGGUUAUUUGGUUACUCAAAUCAAGGCCGACGACUACGACGAGGGCGAAAACGGAAGGUUGACGUAUUCAAUCUCGGAGGGGGACAUGGCGUACUUCGAAAUUGACCAGAUUAAUGGCGAAGUGCGGACCACAAAAACAUUUGGAGAAAACUCUAAGCCAUCCUACCAAAUCACUGUUGUGGCCCACGACCACGGCCAGACAUCCUUGUCUGCUUCUGCAUACAUUGUCAUCUACCUCUCUCCGGACCUUAACGCACAGGAACAGAUCGGACACGUGAACCUGUCCCUCAUCUUCAUCAUUGCCCUGGGCUCUAUCGCUGCCAUUCUGUUUGUCACAAUGAUCAUUGUGGCAGUCAAGUGCAAAAGGGAUAACAAGGAAAUCCGAACGUACAACUGCAGUUUCUUCUACCUGCGCAGGGUGGCUGAAUACUCCUACGGCAACCAGAAAAAGUCCAGCAAGAAGAAGAAGCUGAGCAAGAACGACAUCCGGCUGGUGCCGCGAGACGUGGAGGAGACGGACAAGAUGAACGUGGUGAGUUGCUCGUCCCUCACCUCCUCGCUCAACUACUUCGACUACCACCAGCAGACCUUGCCGCUGGGGUGCAGGCGCUCCGAGAGUACCUUCCUCAACGUGGAGAACCAGAACUCCAGGAAUGCCGCGCCCAACCACGGCUACCACCACACCUUCACCGGGCAGGGCCCACAGCAGCCUGACCUCAUCAUCAACGGCGUGCCACUGCCAGAGACGGAGAAUUAUUCCAUUGACUCCAGUUAUGUAAACAGCAGAGCGCAUCUUAUAAAAAGCACGUCCACCUUCAAGGACAUGGAGGGGAACAGCCUGAAGGACAGCGGGCACGAGGAGAGCGACCAGACGGACAGUGAGCACGAUGUGCAGAGGGGCCACUACGCAGACACGGCUGUCAACGACGUGCUAAACAUGACCGUGCCUCCCAACAGCUGCCAGUUGCCAGAGCAAGAUCCCUCCGAAGGUUUCCACUGCCAGGACGAGUGCCGCAUCCUGGGCCACUCGGACCGCUGCUGGAUGCCACGGGUGCCCAUGCCGGCCCGGACCAAAUCGCCGGAGCACGGCCGCAAUAUUAUCGCCCUGUCCAUCGAGGCCACCACCGUGGACGUGCCCCACUACGAGGACUGUGGCACUACCAAAAGGACUUUUGCUACUUUCGGCAAGGAUGGGCCGGAAGAGGAGCGGGCCGAACCCAAGGGCAAGCGGACGGCCGAGCCGCCGGCGGCCGUCCGCAGCCCCAAAGCCAACGGUGCCGUGCGGGAGGCCGGCAACGGCCGCGAGACCGCAACCCCCGUCACGUCGCCCGUGCACCUCAAGAGCCCGCAGGCCAAGCCUACGUCCGCCUACAACACGCUCAAGUGCCGCGAUGCUGAGCGCAUCGCUAACCAUAGCCUCCUGCGGCAGCCCGAGGGCAAGGACAGCGAUCCAGCCGUGCGGGAGAUCAACACGCUCCUGCAGGAUGGCCGGGAGAAGGAUUCCCCCGGCAGCAAGCGCCUGAAGGACAUCGUUCUCUAACCGGCCCCUGCCCGUGUGUGAGGAGGGGGGGCGCGCGCCCUUUCCAGCCAGCGUGCACGUACGUGGCCGUUAGGGAGUUCGGGCCAGAGGAACAGACAUGCACCCGCAGCACAGCGUACCCUCCACGGACGCGGCUGAGAGACGGAGGGGGAGUAUGCUGAGCUGGCUGAGGGUCUGCCAGGCUCGGGCCCGUAGCGUGGCUUUGUAGUAACAGCAGUUCUUGUUGUCCGUUUUUCCGCCAUUUCUCUGUGCGCAGUAUGACGUAGAGUGGACAGGCUGGUUACUGUUAGCCGGGUGAAAUGCCAAACCCUGCUCGCUCUCGCUCUCUCUCUCUCUCUCUCUCUCUCUCUCUCUCUCUCUCUCUCUCUCUGUCUCUAGCUUUUUCUCUCUCUCUCUUUUUUGUAAAGGAGUAAUGAGAAGGACCUUUUUGGCGCACUGGUGGUGCCACCUGAGUACAGUCAUUGCCUUUAUAGACUCUUAAUAAACUGCUUUUCUGAUAAUGCCUUCGGUGUGCAGUUGGCUUCGACUGCCAAAAGCUCUCAUCGCUCCUGGAGAGAGUGAUGUUCCCAAGGAGAUCUUUCUGAGGAGAUCUGUCUGGGGUGGUCUUUCUGAGGAGAUCUUUGCUGAGGAGAUCCUUUCAAUGUGCCGCAUUGCCCAGCCCAACUCUCCCCACCUUGCCAGCCCACGAGAGUGCGGGGAACCGCCCACCAGACCCCAGAUCCCCCCUCCUAUUUUCUUUUCAUCCCCUCCUCGCCUGCAUUUCUGCGUCGCUUCAGACAACCCUGCUCUGUUUCCCUCAAGACAUUCCAGUGUUGAACAAAUAAAUAAUUUAAUUAGUUAAUUAAAAAAACUGUGAGGUGGUUACAGAACAUACUUGUUAUUACUGAUGGAGCUAAAUAAUGAACUCUUAAUAUCUGCUGAAGUCUUCUGAAAAACUGGAAUAGGGUGAAAUAGAUCCUCCAGAU